UUUCGUUGUGGUAACAAGAUUAGCCUAUUUGGCUAAUGCUGGAAGAACAGGGAAUAAAAUGGUGUUUAUGUCACAAAAUGACAAUGUAAUCGCAGUAUAAUCCAACCGAACAUCGAAAUCAUGUGUUUGUUGCUUGGCGCGACUGGUGUCGGGAAAACCCUGCUACUCAAACGUUUACAAAAGCUAUGCCAACGAGACCAGCUAGUUGACCUGGAAGAAACUCCAGUCACACUUCCCACAGUUGGCACCAAUCUCACGGACUUGAAUCUAAAGAAGAAGAGGAUAACCGUGAGAGAGCUGGGAGGAUGCAUGGGCCCUAUUUGGCACAGCUUCUACACAGACGUCUCCAAUGUUAUUUUCGUGGUGGAUUCAGCCAACAUCACUCAGAUAUCCUCCUCUUGCAUCCAGCUCUUGUCCGUCCUGUCAGCCGAGCCUCUCAGCAAUGCUUCAGUUCUUGUGCUCUUCAACAAGAGAGAUAUGCCCUGCACCAUGACCCUGACUGAAAUGAAAUCACUCUUCAGAAUGGAUGACAUCAUCGCCUCUGCCUCUCAGUCUGUUACUACACUGGAGGUGAGCGCACGCUCUGGACAAGGACUUAAAGAGGUCUUGAGCUGGUUAGAAAGCCUGUCUCGGACUUGAAUCGGGGCUUGGGGAAAAAUCUCUCUGGAAUUGUUUUGGACCACCACCGCAAACCCCAACCCCUGGUCGGGUGGACCAAUAGACUGACAGAGCAAGCUCAGUGUCAGUGAUGUAUAUGGGAUGCACACCACCAUCCCCGGAAAUGCAUGUCCCAAUCUUGAGGUUCUAAAACACAGUUUCUGAAAAGGGCAAAACAGAAUAUCACUUAAUGUAGGGUCCCUUUUCUGGUAAAUGUAUAGUUGGCGUCGAGAUCCCAUAAUGAACUACUGUUAAGUUAACAUAUUGUUGGAUCUUAUGUAGUAUGGUGGGUAGAAUCAUAAUAAAAGUGGGAAAAACAAGAUUGUUCAUAAAUAAAAGGUACAACGCCAAAAACUAACAUGAUAUGCAAAGUAAAACUGUCAACCUUGAGAUAAAGUGAUCUCAAUGCCAUUGUGCCAUUGUUUAGGUCAAGACAACUGACUGAGGAGAAACUAUUAUAUACACUGAAUAAAUGACUGCAAGUGCUAAAAUUGAGUUGUUAACUGCAUCCUUAUAUUUCAAGAGCAAUGGUUCAUACAGCGACACAUUCUCACGUUUUUCUUACAUUCUGUUAGCACGAUGGUUUUGCAGUAGCUUCAUUCUCUGAAAAAAUAUCAGUAAUCAGUGUCAUGUUCCAUACUCUUCCCCAUCAUCACACUCACUCACACACACACACACACGCACCCACGCACUCACAAAUUCAUUCUCCUAAACUCCCUCUCCUCUAUAGCAAAUUCUUAACAUUACUUAAGUCGCUUUUAUCCAGCUAGCCGGGUCUCGUUAUGCAAGAUGAGUUUUUUUUUUUUUUGGCGCAUCUCCCUUUGCCGUUUUGUUCUCAGGCGUUAGUUACUCCCGGCCUAGAGUGUGAGGGGAGAGAAGGCCCAGUCAGUGCAGCCAAUCCAGAGGCGGUCUGGAUCAUGGGGGCAUGAGGUGUUGGCCAGGGAGGGGUGUGAGCAGAGACGCAUAGUGAGGUGUGUACAUUCAGUAUUGAUCAGGACAGCACAGUGCGUGGAGCCAUCAGUGAAAUCAGCUGAAGCAUGUUGUGAGUAAAUUGUUCUCGUGGCAUUGCAGAAAGUAUUAAAAACCAUCUUGCAAAAAAAGACCAUUGGAACCAUUUGACUUGGUUCCAAUCGACAUGGAUCUCAUCUACCGUAACCCCCCCGUUUGUGCAUUCAUUUGUGUCUCUUCCCUCGCUGGCCGAUGCGUCUCCUGCAACAGAGCCACACCGGCUGACGAGAGAUAACAGUAAGAUAGCAAAGUAUGUGAACAUAGUUAAGCCCAUAUAAAACUCAUGGUUAUUAAACAUAGCUGUCAGUAUUGACUUUUUAGUUCCAGUUGUUCUCUACAGGUCUAUUGACAUUUAGGGGUCGUGACAACAAAACGAAAAAAGAAAGAAAAAAAACUACAGCGUUUUUUUCCCCUCUCCCAUCAGGGCCAACUGAGCAGCCUGAGAUUAUGACCUACAAACAGCUUUGCCUGGGAGGAACGGGUUGGGUCCGGCCAGGGAGAGAGAGAGG